AAGAAGCGCUGGUAGAAAUGCUCCGAUCACUUCUCCGAUCGGUCGCCGCUUCCCAACCGCAGUCCAACCUCGCAAAGAUACUACUCCCAACCGCCAGCCCAGCUCAGUUCACAGCUUCUAGAAGCUUCGCCUCAAAAAAGUCAAAAUCAAAUGCAGGUGCAGCCCAAGCAAAGAAAAAAGGUGGUGGUAAAAAAGAUGGCCCCGAUGAAAAAGUCAGGCCGGAGGAUGUCCUAGUUACUCCCACCGAAGAAUUGGUCGCCGAAAUAGAAGAAGAACACCGCCGCCGCCUGGCCCAGAACGCCGGCAACAAAGCCCUCGACGUGGGCCCCAAUGGCCGUCCGUUGUUCACAUCCACUCCGUCGCUUUCGGAGCUCACCCGUAAAGAUGCGUGCCAUUAUAUGGAAUUCAGCAAGGAGGAGCUAGAAAGAGUGUUGCCGGAGGGAUUCCCGCCGGGCAUGGGGAAGGAGUUCGAGGAAACAAUGCGACACGCGUUGCUGAUUCGGCAGAGUUUUCUGGACCUGCGAGAUAAUUUCAGAAGGGCUGUUGAUCCUCCCAUGUAUCCCACUGCUAAAAUCCUACAAACUAGGAGGAAAAUUGUAUUGGAUGGGCAUCGAAGUUGUGGGAAGAGUAUAGCGCUUGCAAUGCUUGUUCAUUGGGCUCGUGAUGAAGGAUGGUUGGUUCUCUAUGUUCCCAAAGGACGAGAAUGGACUCAUGGAGGAUUCUUUUAUAGAAAUCCUCGAACAGGUUUAUGGGACACCCCUGUGCAGGCAGCAAAUGUUCUUCAGGAUUUUAUGAAGUAUAACCAAACACCUUUGCAAGAACUGCACUGCAAACUAACCGAGCCUAUCCCAUUGGGGGAGGGUGCUGGUGUUGGAUGGGCGAAGGGUGCUGACACAAUGACAGUGCCUGAAGGAUCCACACUAUAUGACCUAGUUCAGUCUGGGAUCAAACACACACAUGCUUCUGUUGGAGCACUAGUUCGUUUAAGGGAAGAGUUAUUGCUUGUAGAAAAAUAUCCUGUACUUUUUGCAAUUGAUCAGUAUAACAGUUGGUUCACGUUUAGUGAGUAUGAGGAACCGGUUACUGUUCGUUCUUGCCGUCCAAUUCACGCUAGAGAGCUCACAACUGUGAAUGCAUUUAGGUCUAUGAUGCACAAGGAUCUGAUGAUGGUUGGUGCUCUCUCUCAUUCAACUGCAGUAGGAAAACUACGCAAGGACUUACCAGAUGUUCCACCAAAUGCUAGGAUCAACUUCCCUCGCUACAACUUCGAUGAAGCUGCUACUGUUUGUCAUUAUUAUGUUAGGCAACAACUUGUAAAUCGAGAUGCUUUUUCGGAGGACAACUGGAAGAAGAUAUACUAUCUUGCCAAUGGCAAUGGAUCAGAGAUAAGACAGUUAAUGCCUUUCAUGAGAUGACCACAGAAAACAUUUUGUGCAACUUCUUGUGGUUCAGCAGAGUCCACUCUUUCACGCUCUUGAUUUUGGUGAUUCUGUUCAAUGGCUGCUUUGCUGAUGUUUUCAUCAUACAAUUUUGACAAAGUUGGUGCUUCUCUGUUUUUAUUGGUUCGACUGGGGGAAUGUUUUUUAGCUUUCCCUUAUCUUUGAUCAGUUGGAAAUAGGUUUCGGAUCUUCCUUCUUGUUACAAAUUGAGAACAGUGCUGCCUGCCCAUAACUUUUUAGCAUCCUUUCAAGGAUAUCCGUCUUAGCCCUAUUUACUUUGUUUUCCAGUCCUUGUCAUAAAAUAUACAUAUGUGACAUGUCGCUGUAGGAGAACUACUUUUUGUUUAAUUUUCAUUUAAAUUGUUUCAAUUGCAAGAC